AUGAAACUUCAAUUCCUGAUCCUUGGUUUAGAAGCUUCCUUUGCCCUCAAACCUGUACAUGCGGCAAGUGAUAAGAACGCUUCUCCUUAUCGUCCCAUUCCAACCAACGCGCCCAAGACAUGGGUUCACCCAGGAGUUUUCGUUUCCGGGCCGCAGCUCGACUACGUUGCCAAGAGGAUCAAGGCUAGGGAGAAUCCUUGGACAGAGGCAUUGGAUUCCAUGCUUAACAUGUCGUAUAUCUCGCCCACGCGAACUGCCGAGCCAUAUGAGACGGUCGAGUGCGGACCGACAUCAACGCCCAACAUUGGGUGUUAUCCGGAGCGCGAGGAUUCCAUGGCGGCAUACGUGAACGCAUUGGCCUGGUGGAUUACGAAGGAAAAGCACUAUGCUGAGAAAUCCGUCUAUUAUAUGGAUGCCUGGUCUAGCACGAUACAAGCUCACAACAACAGCAACGCACUACUACAGGCGGCCUGGUCGGCCGCUAAUUGGGUUCGUGCAGGUGAAAUCAUGCGCUCGAGCUAUAAACACUGGUCCAAGAAGAGUAUCAAGAGGUUCUCUGACAUGCUGCGAAACGCCUACAUCCCCCUCAUCGAGGACGGCGCCCCACAGAAGAACGGAAACUGGGAACUAGUGAUGAUUGAAUCUUGCAUAGGGGCUGCCGUCUUCCUUGAAGAUGCAGCUCUAUACGAAAAGUCCUUGGAGUUAUUCUCCAGCCGGGUUCCCGCGUACAUCUACCUGACCUCUGAUGGGGAGUAUCCCGUGCAAGGCCGUGGUCGGAUCAAUACUACCUCGGAGAUUAUCAAAUACUGGCAGAAUCAAAAAACCUUCCCAGUCAGUGGCAUCACGCAGGAGACCUGCCGAGAUCUUGCCCACACCAGCUUUGGUAUCUCAUCAAUCUCUCACAUCGCCGAGACACUGCGUAUCCAAGGUAUUGAUGUGUGGAGAUCCACAGACGUGGGUGCGCGUGUUAAGGCGGCCCUCGAGUUACAUACUGCCUUGGAUUCAAAACAGAAGCCCGUUCCUGAGUGGCUGUGCAAUGGCAUUAUUUCCGACACAAUGAAUCCAAGUUAG